GGAUACCAUAAGAUGAGCGUACCUUGUAUUUGGUUUGUAUAUAGGGCUUGCCCUUUUGUUGUGACACUCUUUAUUCCCAACUUUAGGGAAGUCCAAGUAAUUGAAGGGAGAAAUUGUGUGAGCAGUCGGUUUGCACAAGGAGGAAUCUCUGUCUAAAAGGAGCUUGCUGUUGUGUUUAGAGAGAGAGAGAGAAGAUGGAUUACAUGUAUGGACCUGGGAGGAACCACUUGUUUGUGCCGGGGCCAGUCAAUAUUCCUGAGCCCGUGAUAAGGGCAAUGAACAGGAACAAUGAGGAUUAUCGCUCCCCUGCUAUCCCUGCAUUGACUAAGACACUCCUCGAGGAUGUCAAGAAGAUCUUCAAGACCACCAGUGGAACCCCCUUCCUCAUCCCCACUACAGGUACUGGAGCAUGGGAGAGUGCAUUAACAAACACUCUGUCACCAAGAGAUCGAAUCGUUUCUUUCCUAAUGGGGCAAUUCAGUCUCCUAUGGAUCGAUCAACAACAACGCCUCAAUUUCAAUGUGGAUGUUAUAGAGAGUGAAUGGGGACAAGGAGCGAAUCUCGAUGCGCUCGCGUCGAAACUGGCCGAGGAUAGAGGGCACACCAUUAAGGCCAUUUGCAUUGUUCAUAAUGAGACAGCAACUGGAGUCACUAACAAUCUUGCAACAGUUAGGAGAAUCCUGGAUGAUCUCAGGCACCCUGCAUUGCUGCUUGUGGAUGGAGUUUCUUCCAUUUGUGCUUUGGACUUUCGCAUGGACGAGUGGGGGAUCGACGUGGCCCUUACUGGCUCGCAAAAGGCACUCUCCCUGCCCACUGGCAUCGGUCUUGUGUGUGCUAGUCCGAAGGCAUUAGAGGCUUCCAAGUCUGCUAAAUCUGUGAGGGUUUUCUUUGAUUGGAAUGAUUAUUUGAGGUUUUAUAAGAUGGGGACCUAUUGGCCAUACACACCCUCUAUCCAACUCCUCUAUGGACUUAGAGCUGCUCUUGAUCUCAUCUUUGAGGAGGGACUUGACAAUGUCAUUGCAAGGCACAGCCGACUUGGAAAAGCAACUAGGCUUGCUGUUGAAGCAUGGGGUUUGAAGAAUUGCACCCAAAAGGAGGAGUGGUUUAGUGACACAGUCACAGCUGUGGUGAUUCCAGCAAAUAUUGAUAGCUCAGAGAUUGUGAGGAGGGCUUGGAAUAGAUACAACCUAAGCUUGGGACUGGGCUUGAACAAAGUGGCAGGAAAAGUGUUCAGAAUAGGGCAUCUUGGCAACCUUAAUGAGUUACAAUUGCUGGGAUGCCUGAGUGGGGUGGAGAUGAUUCUCAAGGAUGUGGGUUACCCUGUGAAGCUAGGGAGUGGAGUGGCAGCAGCCAGUGCUUACCUGCAAAACUCAAUCCCCAUGAUUGCUUCGAGAAUUUAGUAAUCUACUUUCUCUUUGUUAUUUGCCUUUUAAUCAUGUAAAAAGAUUUAUUUACCGUACUCUUUGGGGCUCAAUCUUACUCAUCUUAUUUCAUACAUGAACGCAUACUCUAGAAACUGUAAUAUGGCUGGCGUAAUGAGUUCAAAUUAUUUCUCAACUUUGGAGUGAAGCUAGUGAAUCAAGCCUUUCCUCACCA